GUCGAUCAAAUUUUUCUUUAAACCAAAGUAGCGUUUUCGUUAGCUCCUCUCUCCCUCCUCCUCCUCCUCCACUUUUUUAGGGUUUAUAAAAAAAAAGGAAAAAAUAUUUUUUUCCUUCGAAAAAGGAAACUACUGAGGAUCUGGAAAAAAGAAAUUUUAAUGCUCCUACCAUAAUAAUCAAUUUUUGAGACGAAUUAAUCGCAGAUCCUUCUUUUUCUGCAUCACAUUUCCUACUUUGUGUCACGCAAUCUCCUCAAAAUUAUAAUAAACUUGCUGUAUUGGAUUUGGUCGGCGGGGUGUGUGUGAAAGGCGGCAAUCGGAACCGGAGCUCGCAUGAGAUCCUUCUAGACGGAUUCUAGAAGGUAAGGAUCUGGUGCCGGCGGCGGCAGCUUCGGAUGAGAGGAGUGGCAUGUUUCAGGGAUCGAGAGGGAAAACAAUGAAAUGGACAUCAUUGAUUAAGGACAUCAAGGAAAAGGUCGGGUUAACUCCUUCUUCUUCCUCUUCUCCUAGUGCUGCCACUUCCACUGCUGCUGCUGCUUCUUCUUCCUACUUUUCCUCCUCCAAUCAAGAUCGCAAUGCUUCCUCGAAUAUCCAUGACUUCCUUUAUUCUCCUUCCAGAGACAAGCGUGAAUUGGAGCUGGACUUCAAGAGGUUUUGGGAAGAGUUCCGUUCUUCCAAUUCCGAGAAGGAGAAAGAAGCGGCCUUGAAUUUCGCUGUAGAUGCUUUUUGUAGAUUAGCGAAGCAUCAUGCUAAUGUAGCUCAAUUAGUUACCAUGUUAGUCGAAACACAUAUUUUCUCUUUUGUUGUGGGAAGAGCAUUUGUAACAGAUAUUGAAAAGUUAAAAAUUGGCAGCAAAACAAGGUCCUUGGAUGUAUCAAGAGUUUUAAGAUUUUUCUCUGAAGUCACAAAGGAUGGCUUCAGUCCAGGUUCAAAUUUGUUAACUGCUGUUGAAGUCUUGGUAUCUGGGCCCAUUGAUAAACAAUCUCUACUUGAUUCUGGGAUAUUUUGCUGUCUCAUACAAGUUCUGAAUGCUCUUUUGAGUUCUAAUGAAGCUAAGCAGAGUCAAAAUGUUAAUGAUUCUGAGGAAUCACUGCUAUCUGAAACGGAUUCUGCUGCUGAUGUUGGGCAAGUCCACCAACUUGAGGUAGAAGCAAGUGUAGUGCAUGUUAUGAAAGCAUUGGCAGGCCAUCCUUCAGCAGCACAGAGUUUGAUUGAGGAUGAUUCUCUUAGGGUGCUGUUUCAGAUGGUUGCUAAUGGGUCUUUUACAGUCUUCUCUCAAUACAAGGAAGGUCUAGUUUCAUUGCACAGCAUUCAACUUCACAGACAUGCUAUGCAGAUACUUCGUCUUCUUUUGGUCAAUGACAAUGGAAGCACAGCCAAAUAUAUUCACCAACAUCAUCUGAUAAGAGUUCUGCUAAUGGCUGUCAAAGAUUUUAAUCCAGAUUGUGGUGAUCCUGCCUACACCGUGGGAGUAGUGGAUUUGUUACUUGAAUGUGUGGAAUUGUCUUAUAGACCGGAGGCUGGUGGUAUCAGGCUGAGGGAGGAUAUACACAAUGCCCAUGGUUAUCAUUUCCUUGUGCAGUUUGCUCUUGUUUUGUCCAGCAUGCAUCAAAAUCAAGGCAUUGAGUCUAUUUAUUUGAAGUCUUCUGCCAACAACCAUUAUGGUUCAGAUGGUUCUGAUGCAUUUGUUAAUGCAGUGGACCAGGAAUUUACACAAAAAGAGUCUGAACAUCUUUCACCUACAUUGUGUAGGUUGCUUGAUGCUCUUGUUAACCUAGCCCAAGCUGGCCCUGUUGAAGGAAAAAUUUCAUCCUCUCAGACUAAGACUAGUGGCCAUGGCAGAAGUUUUUCAUUUUCUGCUGAUGGUCUAGGUGAUGAAAUUUGGGAGCAUGGUAAUAAUAAAGUUAAAGACCUUGAAGCUGUCCAGAUGUUACAGGAUAUCUUUCUUAAGGCAGGCAGCCAGGAUCUACAGGCAGAAGUGCUAAAUAGAAUGUUCAAAAUAUAUUCAAGUCACCUUGAAAACUAUAAGUUGUGUCAGCAAUUGAGAACUGUUCCUCUUUUUAUCUUGAAUAUGGCUGGUUUUCCUCCAUCAUUGCAAGAGAUAAUCUUGAAGAUUCUUGAAUACGCUGUGACUGUUGUGAAUUGCGUCCCUGAGCAAGAAUUGCUCUCAUUAUGUUGCUUGUUGCAGCAACCAAUUACGUCAGAAUUGAAGCUCACCAUACUUUCAUUUUUUGUAAAACUUUUAUCUUUUGAUCAACAAUACAAGAAAGUCCUACGAGAAGUUGGUGUGUUAGAAGUCCUUUUGGAUGAUUUGAAGCAGCAUAAGUUUCUUUUGGGCGCAGAACAACACUGUGGAAACUCUAAUCAGUUGGAGAGAAAAUCGAGCUCUAGCAGCUUCCAGAAGCAUUUGGACAGUAAGGAUGUUAUUAUUGCCUCACCCAAGCUCAUGGAAUCUGGUUCAGGGAAGUUCCCUAUUUUUGAAGUCGAGGCUACAAUUGGUGUUGCCUGGGAUUGUAUGGUCUCAUUAAUAAAGAAAGCUGAAGCAAGUCAAGCAGCAUUCCGGUCAGCUAAUGGCAUGACAACUGUUAUCCCCUUUUUGGUGUCUAGUACUCAUCGCCCUGGGGUCCUGCGGGUAUUAUCAUGCUUGAUCACUGAAGAUAUCAUGCAGGCUCAUCCUGAAGAAUUAGGGGCACUUGUUGAAGUCUUAAAAAGUGGAAUGGUUAUAGGUGUUUCUGGACAUCAAUAUAAGCUUCAAAGUGAUGCAAAAUGCGACACUAUGGGAGCCUUGUGGCGAAUUCUAGGGGUCAAUAAUUCAGCUCAAAGGGUGUUUGGUGAAGCCACUGGGCUUUCUCUUUUGCUAACCACACUCCACAGUUUUCACACUGACGGAGAACACAUGGAAGAGUCUUCCUUAGCAGUUCACAUCAAGGUGUUUACAUAUUUGUUACGCCUUGUGACGUCUGGGGUGUGUGGUAAUGCUAUUAAUAGGAUGAAAUUGCAUGCUAUCAUUUCUUCACAAUCAUUUUUUGAUCUUCUAUCUGAAUCUGGCUUGCUGAGUGUGGAGUGUGAGAAGCAAGUGAUACAGCUGCUGUUGGAACUUGCUCUUGAAAUCGUGCUUCCACCUUUCUUGACACCAGAGAGUUCAACAUCUGUUUAUAUGGUCGAAAAUGAGUCAACUAGCUUUCUUUUAACCACCCCAUCUGGUUUGUUUAAUCCUGAUAAAGAACGAGUAUACAAUGCUGGAGCAGUUAGAGUUCUGAUCCGGUCAUUGUUGCUUUUUACACCAAAGGUGCAGUUAGAAGUGCUGAACCUUAUUGAGAGACUCGCCCGUGCUGGACCCUUCAAUCAGGAAAAUCUCACCUCUGUAGGUUGUGUGGAACUUCUAUUGGAGAUGAUUCAUCCAUUCCUUUCAAGCUCAUCUCCAUUCCUUUCUUAUGCUUUGAAGAUUGUGGAGGUUCUUGGGGCACACAGGUUGUCUGCCUCAGAGAUGCGAGUGCUUAUUAGAUAUAUCCUUCAAAUGAGGUUGGUGAAAUCUGGUCAUAUUAUUGUUGAUAUGAUGGAGAAUUUAAUUCUAAUGGAAGAUACAGCCUUGGAAAAUGUUUCUUUGGCUCCCUUUGUGGAGAUGGAUAUGAGCAAGGUUGGGCAUGCUUCUGUUCAGGUGUCUCUGGGAGAAAGAUCUUGGCCUCCUGCAGCUGGUUAUUCAUUUGUUUGUUGGUUUCAGUUUAAAAAUUUUUUCAGAACAUCAGCAAAAGAUACAGAGCCUACCAAAGCUGGUCUUUCAAAGAGACAAACCAGCCCUAGUGGGCAGCACAAGGAGCGGCAUAUUCUCAGAUUAUUUUCUGUUGGUGCAGUAACAAAUAAUGAGAAUGCAUUCUAUGCAGAGCUUUAUCUUCAAGAGGAUGGUGUUCUAACCCUGGCUACCAGCAACUCUUCCUCCUUAUCAUUUUCUGGAUUAGAGCUAGAAGAAGGCAGGUGGCAUCAUCUUGCUGUUAUACAUAGCAAACCAAAUGCCCUUGCUGGAUUAUUCCAAGCAAGUGUUGCUUAUGUUUAUCUUGAUGGGAAGCUAAGACACACAGGGAAAUUAGGGUAUUCACCUUCUCCAAUUGGAAAAUCUCUACAAGUAACUAUUGGGACUCCAAUUAAUUGUGCAAGAGUUAGUGAUUUGACUUGGAGACUUCGCUCUUGCUAUCUCUUUGAGGAAGUGCUCACACCUGGCUGUAUUUGUUUCAUGUACAUCCUUGGUAGAGGCUAUAGAGGGCUUUUCCAAGACUCGGAUCUGCUGCGUUUUGUUCCUAACCAGGCUUGUGGUGGUGGUAGCAUGGCUAUUUUAGAUUCAUUAGAUGCUGAUUUGCCUUUGGCUUCUAAUACACAGAAGCUUGACAGUGGAAGCAGGCAAGGGGACUCUAAGGCUGAUGGCAGUGGGAUUGUUUGGGAUUUGGAUAGACUGGGGAACCUUUCACUUCAGCUCUCUGGUAAGAAACUCAUUUUUGCAUUUGAUGGAACGUGUACAGAAGCUGUUCGAGCAUCUGGGACAUUUUUAAUGCUCAAUAUGGUUGAUCCUAUGUCGGCUGCUGCUUCUCCAAUUGGAGGCAUACCACGCUUUGGGCGCCUUUGCGGGGAUAUCUAUAUUUGCAGGCAAUGUGUGAUAGGUGAUACCAUCCGCCCUGUUGGUGGAAUGGCUGUUAUUUUGGUGCUUGUUGAAGCUGCUGAAACUAGGGAUAUGCUCCAUAUGGCCCUAUCUUUACUUGCUUGUGCACUUCAUCAGAAUCCUCAAAAUGUACGAGACAUGCAAACAUACAGAGGAUACCAUUUGCUAGCACUCUUCCUGCAUCGACGGAUGUCAUUAUUUGAUAUGCAGUGCCUUGAAAUAUUUUUCCAGAUUGCUGCAUGUGAAGCUUCAUUUUCUGAACCAAAGAGAUUGAAACAUAAGCAAACUACCAUAUCACCUAUUGCAACUAUUCAGGAAACUAGCUUUGAGGAUAUUAAUUUCUCGAAGUUUCGAGAUGAAACUUCUUCAGUUGGAUCUCAUGGAGACUUGGAUGAUUUUUCUGGGCAAAGGGAUUCAUUCAGUCAUAUUUCAGAGCUAGAAAAUACUGAUAUGCCUGUUGAAACUUCAAAUUGCAUUGUGUUGUCAAAUGCAGAUAUGGUAGAACAUGUCCUAUUGGAUUGGACACUCUGGGUAGCUGCCCCAGUUUCCAUUCAAAUUGCACUGCUUGGUUUUCUAGAGCAUCUAGUGUCAAUGCACUGGUACAGAAAUCACAACCUUACAGUUCUCCGUCAAAUAAACCUUGUUCAACAUUUACUAGUCACUCUACAACGCGGUGACGUUGAAGUUCCAGUCCUGGAAAAAUUGGUUGUACUGCUUGGAGUAAUUUUGGAAGAUGGAUUCCUGGCUUCUGAACUUGAAAAUGUGGUUAGGUUUAUCAUUAUGACAUUUGACCCACCCGAGAUGAAACCGCGGCAUCAAAUAGUGCGGGAAUCAAUGGGAAAGCAUGUCAUUGUUAGGAAUAUGCUUUUGGAGAUGCUUAUUGAUCUUCAAGUAACCAUCAAAGCAGAAGAUAUGCUUGAGCAAUGGCAUAAGAUUGUCUCUUCCAAAUUGAUAACGUAUUUUCUUGAGGAAGCUGUCCAUCCUACAAGUAUGAGAUGGAUUAUGACUCUUCUUGGUGUGUGUUUGGCUUCUUCUACAACAUUUGCGCUCAAAUUUCGCACAAGUGGAGGUUACCAAGGUUUGGUGCGAGUGCUUCCUAGUUUCUAUGAUUCUCCUGAUAUAUAUUAUAUCUUGUUCUGUCUCAUAUUUGGGAAGCCUGUUUAUCCAAGAUUACCAGAGGUCCGCAUGCUUGACUUCCAUGCUUUAAUGCCAAGUAAUGGAGGCCAUAAGGAGUUGAAAUUUGUAGAACUAUUGGAGUCCGUAAUUGCUAUGGCUAAAUCUACCUUUGAUCGGUUGCGCAUGCAGUCAAUGCUUGUCCAUGAAACUGGUAAUCUUUCCCAACUUGUGGCAGAGCUUGUGGAGGAAAAUGCAGAUAUGGCUGGAGAGCUUCAGGGUGAAGCUCUAAUGCACAAGACAUAUGCAGCACGCUUAAUGGGUGGGGAGGCAUCAGCUCCUGCUGCUGCAACUUCAGUUCUGAGGUUCAUGGUCGAUCUGGCCAAAAUGUGCCCCCCAUUUUCUGCUGUUUGCAGAAGGGCAGAGUUUCUUGAAAGCUGUGUUGACCUUUACUUUUCCUGUGUUAGGGCUGCUGAUGCAGUGAAGAAGGUAAAAGGGCUCUCUGUAAAGACGGAAGAAAAGAAUUUGAAUGAUUGUGAUGACGCUAGCUCACAGAAUACAUUCUCUAGCUUGCCUCCAGAACAUGAACAGUCUAGUAAGACUUCAAUCAGUGCUGGAAGCUUCCCUCAGGCACAGGUUAGUACAAGUUCUGAGGAAAUGAAUACACCUUCUAAAUUGAUGACUGAAGAUAAAGCAGGGUCUAAGAUUACCAUGUCUCAGGAGGAAUUAAGCAAAGCAAUGGAUGUGGAUGCACAGGCUAUUCAGAGUUUAGAUGGUGAUAAUGUUGAUCUGUUUUCUGCUACUACAAGUUCAUAUGAGCUUGGCUUCCAUAAUGUCAAGGGUACUAUGAGUCCAAUUCAACAGCCAGAUUCCCAGAGUUCUGCACCCCUUCCUAUGCUAGAUUUUCCCACUUUGUCUGAGAAAUCCAAUUCCAAAAUAUCUAUCACACUUUCUUUAUCUCCUGUAAGUGCUCCGACUUCGUGGUUUAGUACAAACAAUAAUGAAUCUCAAACUGCCAUGGUUCCCUCUCCUUCCAUUGAGUCUUCUGUAUCUUUUAGCGAGUUUGAUCCAUCCUCAGAUUUCAAGUCUGGUUCUCAGGGGUCGUCCACUGCCACUACAUUUUUUUCUGUAACUCCAAAGCUUCUUCUAGAUAUGGAUGAUUCUGGCUAUGGUGGUGGUCCUUGUUCUGCUGGUGCAACUGCUGUGAUAGAUUUUAUGGGAGAAGUUCUAGCUGAUUUGAUGACUGAGCAGAUGAAAGCAGCCCAAGUAGUGGAGAGCAUCUUGGAAAUGGUUCCUCUAUAUGUUGAAGCUGAAUCUGUGUUGGUUUUCCAAGGUUUGUGCCUUAGUAGACUAAUGAAUUUUCUUGAAAGGCGUCUCUUGCGUGAUGAUGAAGAAGAUGAGAAAAAGCUGGAUAAGACCAAAUGGUCCUCAAACUUAGAUGCUUUGUGCUGGAUGGUUGUUGACCGUCUUUACAUGGGUGCUUUCCCCCAACCUGCUGGUGUACUAAGGACUCUAGAGUUCUUCUUGUCAAUGUUGCAAUUAGCAAACAAAAAUGGUAGAAUUGAAGAAGCAACUCCUGCUGGAAAGGGCCUUUUGUCAAUUGCAAGAGGAAACAGGCAACUUGAUGCUUAUAUUCAUUCAAUUCUAAAGAAUACAAAUCGUAUGAUACUGUAUUGCUUUCUACCAUCAUCCUUGGGUCUGCUUACAGAACCUAAGAAAAGAUCAUCCUCUAAUUCUUCACAAGAAGAUUCACGAAUUGAUAUCUGCACUGUUUUGCAGUUAUUAGUUGCUCACCGAAGAAUCAUAUUCUGCCCCAGCAACCUUGAUACUGAUCUGAAUUGCUGUCUUUGCAUAAAUUUAUUCUCUCUUCUUCAAGACCAGAGGCAAAAUGUACAGAACAUGGCAAUUGAUAUUGUCAAGUAUUUACUGGUGCAUCGAAGAGCUUCACUGGAAGAAUUGCUUGUCUCUAAAGCAACUCAAGGACAGCACCUUGAUGUACUACAUGGUGGUUUCGACAAAUUGUUGACUGGAAGUUUAUCUUCUUUCUUUGAGUGGCUUCAGAGCUCUGAACAGAUUGUAAAUAAAGUAUUAGAGCAGUCUGCUGCAAUUAUGUGGGUGCAGUACAUUGCUGGAUCAGCCAAAUUUCCCGGGGUCAGAAUAAAAGGCAUCGAGGGUCGCCGUAAGAAGGAAAUGGGAAGAAAAUCACGAGAUACUGUAAAAUUAGACCUAAGGCACUGGGAGCAGGUAAAUGAAAGGAGAUACGCACUGGAAGUGCUUCGUGAUGCAAUGUCUACUGAGCUCAGGGUUGUCCGCCAAGACAAAUAUGGAUGGGUUCUGCAUGCUGAGAGUGAAUGGCAAACCCAUCUCCAGCAACUUGUACAUGAGCGGGGAAUAUUUCCUAUACGGAGAUCCUUUAUGGUAGAAGAUCCUGAAUGGCAGCUUUGUCCUAUUGAAGGUCCAUACAGAAUGCGGAAAAAGCUGGAGCACUGUAAAAUAAGAAUUGAUGGUAUCCAAAAUGUUCUUGAUGGGCAGCUGGAAUUGGGAGAAACAGAGCUUUCGAAAGCCAAAAUUGAGGAUGGUCCUGACAUUUCUGAUUCUGGUUCUGACACACUUUUUAAUCUUUUUUCUGAUACUGCCAAACAAAAUGGUGUUGAUGUUGAACUAGAUGAUGGAUCAUUGUUUAAAGAAUCGGAAGAUGUGAAAGAUGUAACAUCUGUUAAAAAUGACUGGAAUGAUGAUAGAACCAGCAGUGUAAAUGAAGCAAGCCUUCACUCUGCCCUUGAGUUUGGUGGCAAGUCAAGUGCCAUGUCUGUCCCUAUAUCAGAACCAGAAAAAUCUGACCUAGGAUCUCCAAGGCAGUCAUCUUCUACCAAAAUUGAAGAAGUGAAAGUCACUGAGGAUAAGUCAGAUAAGGAAAUGAACAACAAUGGAGAAUAUCUAAUUAGACCUUAUCUGGAACCUCUUGAAAAGAUACUAUUUAGAUAUAACUGUGAGCGAGUUGUUGGUCUUGACAAACAUGAUGGUAUAUUUCUGAUAGGGGAACUUUGUUUGUAUGUAAUAGAGAACUUUUACAUUGACGAUUCUGGUUGCAUUUGUGAGAAGGAAUGUGAAGAUGAACUCUCUGUUAUUGACCAGGCUCUGGGUGUAAAGAAAGAUGUGACUGGUAGUAUGGAUUUUCAGUCCAAAUCAACUUCAUCCUGGGUUACACCAGCAAAGACAUGGGUGGGAGGUAGGGCCUGGGCCUAUAAUGGUGGUGCAUGGGGAAAGGAGAAAGUGCACAGUGGUGGUAAUCUACCCCAUCCUUGGCAUAUGUGGAAGCUUGAUAGUGUUCAUGAGAUUUUGAAGCGUGAUUAUCAGUUGCGUCCUGUUGCUGUUGAGAUAUUUAGCAUGGAUGGAUGUAAUGAUCUCCUUGUAUUCCACAAAAAAGAGAGGGAAGAAGUUUUCAAGAACCUGAUUGCCAUGAAUCUUCCAAGGAACAGCAUGUUGGACACAACCAUUUCAGGAUCAACAAAACAGGAAAGUAACGAGGGUGGUCGGCUUUUUAAAAUUAUGGCUAAAUCAUUCUCCAAGAGGUGGCAAAAUGGAGAAAUUAGCAAUUUCCAAUACCUCAUGCACCUCAAUACCUUGGCAGGACGUGGAUAUAGUGAUCUCACCCAGUAUCCAGUCUUUCCAUGGGUCCUGGCAGACUAUGAAAGUGAAAAUCUGGAUUUAUCAAAUCCAAAAACUUUUCGUAAGCUUGACAAACCCAUGGGUUGUCAGACACCAGAAGGAGAAGAGGAAUUUAAGAAAAGGUAUGAGAGCUGGGAUGAUCCGGAGGUUCCAAAAUUCCAUUAUGGUUCUCAUUAUUCAAGUGCUGGAAUUGUCCUCUUUUAUCUUCUUCGCUUGCCACCAUUCAGUGCAGAAAACCAGAAGCUACAAGGUGGCCAGUUUGAUCAUGCUGAUCGUCUCUUUAAUAGUGUGCGAGAUACAUGGUUAAGUGCUGCUGGGAAGGGUAACACAUCAGAUGUGAAAGAAUUGAUUCCAGAAUUCUUCUACAUGCCUGAGUUUCUGGAAAACAGGUUCAAUCUCAAUUUGGGCGAGAAACAAUCUGGGGAAAAGGUUGAUGACAUCAUCUUACCUCCUUGGGCCAAAGGCAGUGCCAGGGAGUUCAUCCGGAAGCAUAGAGAAGCUCUAGAAUCUGAUUACGUUUCAGAAAAUCUGCAUCAUUGGAUUGACCUUAUCUUUGGAUAUAAACAGAGAGGGAAGGUGGCUGAAGAAGCUGUGAAUGUUUUCUAUCAUUACACAUACGAGGGGAGUGUGGACAUUGACUCAGUUAGAGAUCCUGCAAUGAAAGCUUCAAUUCUAGCACAGAUCAAUCAUUUUGGACAGACACCUAAACAACUCUUCCUCAAACCCCAUGUAAAGAGGCGGUCUGACAGAAAGCUUCCUCAUCCACUAAAGCAUCAAAAUCUUCUUGUUCCACAUGAAAUACGUAAAAGCUCAUCUCCCAUUAAGCAGAUUGUUACUUUACAUGAGAAGAUUCUCAUUGCUGGGUCAGAUACUUUGCUCAAACCUAGAACAUAUACCAAAUAUGUAACGUGGGGUUUUCCAGAUCGCAGCUUGAGAUUUAUGAGCUACGAUCAAGAUAGACUACUCUCGACCCACGAGAAUCUUCAUGGAGGAUACCAGAUCCAGUGUGCUGGUGUUAGUCAUGAUGGUCACAUUUUGGUCACCGGUGCUGAUGAUGGCUUAGUUUCUGUUUGGAGAAUCAGCAAGGGCGGACCCCGUGCAACACGGUGCUUAGAGUUGGAAAAGGUGCUCUGCGCCCACACAGCCAAAGUUACAUGUCUUCAUGUCAGUCAACCCUAUAUGCUGAUUGUUAGUGGAUCAGAUGAUUGCACUGUUAUUAUGUGGGAUCUGAGUUCCUUGGGUUUUGUCCGGCAGCUUCCUGAGUUCCCUGCACCAGUUUCAGCAAUCUAUGUGAAUGAUAUGACAGGGGAAAUUGUGACGGCCGCUGGAAUUCUGCUCGCAGUUUGGAGCACCAAUGGGGACUGUCUAGCAGUGGUUAAUACAUCCCAAUUGCCAUCAGAUUCUAUUCUUUCUGUGACAAGUAGUACAUUUUCUGAUUGGAUGGACACCAACUGGUAUGCAACUGGUCACCAGAGUGGGGCUAUUAAAGUCUGGCAUAUGGUUCAUUGCACUGAGCAAGAAAUUGCCACAAAUAAAUCAACUAGCAGCGGAACGGUAGGCUUAGAUUUGGGCAGUGGGACCCCAGAGUACAGGUUGAUGCUCCAUAAGGUCCUGAAGUUUCAUAGACACCCAGUUACUGCUCUUCACCUGACUACUGACCUGAAGCAAUUGCUGAGUGGGGAUUCUGGCGGCCAUUUGCUAUCUUGGACGCUACAAGAUGAGAACUUGAAAACUUCUUUCAAUCACGGUUGAUAGCAGGAAAUUUAGUAUGAUUUUCUGUUCUGCAGCCAGAUAUUGAUUAUGUUAAAAACCCUCCAUGGGUCUUGUUUGGAGUCCUCAACAGGAAAGAUUGAUUCUUUGUUCUUGAUGCAUGGAAAAUGAAAGCAGUAAAUAGGGCUGGCUAGGUAUUGCAACAGGAUAAUCAAGGAUAACUUGAAAGGAUGAAGUGAAAUGUUUACACGACCUGAUGAUCAUUGUUGUUGAAAGGCACAAAGUCUACAAGAAAUCUACAUUGUAGACGAGCAUCAGCUUGAGCUACCCAUUUUGAAGGUGAAAUGGCAGGCCACAGCAUUUGUUGUAUUUUUUGGUAAGUGGUGGAGGAUGUUGCUUUUGAGAUAUCGCUCUACUGGCUCUUUUUUGUCCCUGUAAAUAAGUUGGAAGUUGCUAACGGUGUAUAGAAAUAUUAUGUUAGGAAUGGUCUUUGCUGCUAGUGUGGACCAAAGCCAUGGUUUAUAGGUUUUGAGUGUAUUUAUUUCGGCUGAAAUUGCUUUUGCAUAAUUUAAUUGGGCAUUACCAGCCUCUUAUAUUAUAACUAUAUACUCAUCAUUAAUAUAUGUCCUUUUUUUUG